UUCAAGAGCGACUCUCCGUGGGCUUGGGCUUGCGGGAAAGAUGGAAUAUCCCGCGUUGGGAACGGUGGAGGCCAAGGACGGCGGAGGGGGCCGGCCCUACAGAAGCUCGGAGGAGCGGGAGGGCCGGGAACCGGACGGGCUGCGAUUCGACCGCGAGAGGGCGUGCCACCUGUGGGAAGCCGUUUCUGGGGCCCAACCAGUGGGGAGGGAAGAAGUGGAGCACAUGAUCCAGAAGAACCAGUGUCUCUUCACCAGCACACAGUGCAAGGUGUGCUGCGCCCUGCUUAUUUCGGAGUCCCAGAAGCUGGCUCAUUACCAGAGCAAAAAACAUGCCAACAAAGUGAAGAGAUACCUAGCAAUCCAUGGAAUGGAGACAUUAAAGGGGGAGACGAAGAAGCUAGACUCAGAUCAGGAAGAAGAGCCAAGUUCACCCAUGAAUGUUUGGAGUAAACAAGUGGAAGGAACAGCUUUCCAGGUGCCUGCUCUAAUUGAGAAGAGCAGCAGAAGCAAAGACAAGAACCAGUGCUGCCCCACCUGUAGCAUGACCUUUUCCUCCCCUGUCGUGGCCCAGUCGCACUACCUGGGGAAGACCCACGCAAAGAACUUAAAGCUGAAGCAGCAAUCCACUAAGGUGGAAGCUCUGUCGAAACGCCUUAUGAACCCUCUCCUCGUGGCCUCCUCCUUGGCCUCCUCGCACCAGAGCAGAGAGGUGAGAGACCCAGACAAGUUCUGCAGCCUCUGCCACGCAACUUUCAACGACCCUGUCAUGGCUCAGCAACACUACGUGGGCAAGAAACACAGGAAACAGGAGACCAAGCUCAAGCUCAUGGCACACUACGGGCGGCUGGCAGAUCCUGCUGUCACCGACUCGGCAGCCGGGAAGGGCUACCCGUGCAAGACGUGUAAGAUCGUGCUGAACUCCAUAGAACAGUACCAAGCUCACGUCAGCGGCUUCAAACACAAGAACCAGUCACCAAAAACAGCAGUGUCACCCCUGGGCCAGAUUCCAGUACAAAGACAGCCCACACAGAAAGACUCAACUACCUUGGAAGACUAGUGUUUCUGUCCAGCACCCCAAGUCGAAGCAGCCAGGAGCCAACCUCCCCGUGACCGUGACCAUGACCAUAGUCAGCCCUUGGCUUCCUCUUCCUCCUUUCUUACCCAGGCCUGCGACAAGAGUGGGCCACAGGCUGCCUCGAGGUGGCCCAGGCACACCCACCCCUGCCUCUGCCCGUUGGAAUGGGCCUGUAGGUCGGGACAAGGGAAGCAGGGCCCGAGAGGAUGUGGGCACUCAUGGGGAGGUAGUUAGAGGAUGGCCUCUCCCCUCCUCCGGCCUUCUGGGCCACGUGUCGUGAGGCUCCAGGCCUGUGUCUCCUCGGCAGGUCACUUUUGGACCAGUCCUUGCAGCUAAACCACUAAGCUCUCCGGGCUUUAGGCACCUCCGGUGAAACCUGACCCUUCUGCCCAGACCUUGGUCUAGGCAGGAAAGGGCAGAUGAACAUGGCUGCCACAUGGGAGCUUGGAGCUAAUGUGACACUCCCCCUGCCCCCAAAAGUGCAGGCUUACCAAGCCUGGGACCAGAUGCUGGCUGCUGGCCGUUGUACAGGUUGCUGCCCACAGUGAAGUUCCUGCAGCAGUGCCACAACCCUGGCAGGGCACUGCUGUCCCUCCUGCCCCUCCCCCACAGUUCCUGAAUGGUGCUAAGGACCUGCAGCAGUGGGGACAGGCUGGAGCUGGAGAAGGCCUCAGUACCCGGGGGGAGGAUGGAGAGCUCCAGGACCCUUUCCCUCCACUGUCCGAGGCCCCUGACCCAGGGUCAGUUGGCAAAGCCCCCACCUGCGUGUUUGUGUGAUGGUUCUGUGCCCUCAAAGGCAGACUGCCCUGGGCCCGCAGCCCUUCAGCUUCCCCAGCCCUCUCCUCGUGUGUGUGCAGCAGGCCUCCUGCCCAGGUGGUGCUAGCCUCCCCCACCAUGAGAUUCCUGGGUACCAGGGCGUGGGAUGGGGCCCCCGGGAAAGAAAGGAGGGUUGGGGCAAGUGUCAGCAGUGAGGAGUCAGUUCCCCAGUCCCCAAACCUAGGUUUCUCCGAUGCUGCCAUGUUUUAUGGCCUGGGAUUCACUGGGAGUAGAUUUUUCCUUGUAUUUCUCCAGCAGGAGUCCUAGGAAGUGACACCAUCUGAGGCCCCCUUCGUUGGGUCAAAGAAGCCCCUAGCUGCUGUCAUGGCCUCCCCCCACGCCCUGCCCCUCGACUGUGAAACGCCUUCAGUGUCGUGUGUGGGUGUAUGCUUCUGCUCUGUCACAUGGUCACUGGAGCAUCUAAAUAAAGAAUUCCUCGGCCCCAGCGGGCAGCUCAGUUGGUUAGAUCCUGGUUCCCAUGCACCCGGGUUGGGACUUCAGUCCCCAGUCAGGCACAUAGCAGAAUCCACCAAUGAUGUGUGAAUAAGUGGGACAGCAAAUUGAUCUUUCUCCCUUCCUCUCUAAAAUCAAGGAAAAAUAAAAAGAAUUUCUCCCACGA